GAGAGAAUGGAGGGACGCAUAAAGGAAGGCUCUCAACUUGGGGAGCAGAGGGUCCUGAUUGACAAUCCUGCUGACAUUCUGGUCAUUGCUGCGUAUUUCCUGCUGGUCAUUGGUGUUGGCUUGUGGUCUAUGUUCAGAACCAACAGAGGCACCGUUGGUGGCUACUUCCUGGCAGGACGAAACAUGGUGUGGUGGCCGGUUGGAGCCUCUCUCUUCGCCAGCAACAUUGGCAGCGGGCAUUUUGUGGGCCUGGCAGGGACCGGUGCGGCGAGCGGCUUGGCUGUGGCUGGAUUUGAGUGGAAUGCGCUCUUUGUGGUGCUCCUCCUCGGCUGGCUCUUCGUGCCUGUGUACCUGACCGCCGGUGUGAUUACAAUGCCUCAGUACCUGCGCAAGCGCUUUGGGGGACGCCGCAUUCGCCUCUACCUGUCGGUGCUCUCACUCUUUUUGUACAUCUUCACCAAGAUCUCGGUGGACAUGUUCUCAGGGGCGGUGUUCAUACAGCAGGCCCUGGGCUGGAACAUUUACGCUUCCGUCAUUGCACUCUUGGGCAUCACCAUGAUUUAUACUGUGACAGGAGGGCUGGCGGCACUGAUGUACACAGACACUGUGCAGACAUUUGUCAUUCUUGCCGGGGCCUUCAUCCUCACUGGUUACGGUACGGGGUUUACCCAAUGUGGGCAGGACUUGGAUCUGUGCUGUCACAGAGCUUUUAACCUAGGGGGUCGGAAUCUUGCUCGUCUCUGCCAUGUGGGUCCUAAGGAGGGCCUUAACACUUGGGCCAGAUCCCCUGACAGACUUGCCUGCACAGCUUUCCAUGAAGUGGGCGGGUACUCGGGUCUCUUCGACAAAUACCUGGGAGCAGUGACUUCACUGACGGUGUCCAAGGAUCCCGCUAUCGGCAACAUCUCCAGCACCUGCUAUCAACCGAGGCCCGACUCCUAUCACUUACUGCGUGACCCGGUGACCGGGGACCUGCCGUGGCCUGCACUGCUCCUGGGACUUACCAUUGUCUCAGGCUGGUACUGGUGCAGCGACCAGGUAAUAGUGCAGCGCUGCCUGGCUGGAAAGAACUUGACUCACAUCAAAGCUGGAUGUAUCUUGUGUGGCUACCUGAAGCUGAUGCCCAUGUUCCUUAUGGUCAUGCCGGGCAUGAUCAGCCGCAUUCUUUACCCAGAUGAAGUUGCAUGUGUGGUACCUGAGGUGUGUAAGCAAGUGUGUGGCACCGAGGUGGGCUGCUCUAACAUCGCCUACCCACAGCUUGUCGUGAAGCUCAUGCCCAAUGGUCUGCGUGGACUCAUGCUGGCAGUCAUGCUGGCUGCCCUCAUGUCCUCUCUAGCAUCAAUCUUUAACAGUAGCAGCACGCUUUUCACUAUGGACAUCUACACCCGCCUGCGGCCUCGUGCGGGUGAUAGGGAGCUGCUGAUAGUUGGAAGGCUCUGGGUGGUCUUCAUUGUGGCGGUCUCAGUGGCUUGGCUCCCUGUGGUACAGGCGGCACAGGGCGGGCAGCUCUUCGACUAUAUCCAGUCUAUCUCCAGCUACCUGGCCCCCCCAGUGUCCGCUGUCUUUGUGCUAGCGCUCUUUGUGCCCCGAGUCAACGAGAAGGGUGCUUUCUGGGGACUAGUCGGGGGCCUGCUGAUGGGCCUGGCACGGCUCGUACCCGAGUUCUUCUUUGGCUCGGGUAGCUGCGUGCGACCCUCAGCGUGCCCAGCGCUCCUCUGCCGGGUCCACUACCUCUACUUUGCCAUCGUGCUCUUCAUCUGCUCCGGCCUCCUCACACUUGUGAUCUCCCUGUGCACUGCGCCCAUCCCACGGAAGCAUCUCCACCGCCUGGUUUUCAGUCUCCGGCACAGCAAGGAGGAACGAGAGGACCUAGAUGCUGAUGAGUUAGAAAGCCCGAGCCCGGCCCCUGUGCAGAAUGGGUACCAGGAACAUGCAGUGGUGAUCGAAGGUAAGGCACGCCCCAGCAAGUGUCGUGGGGAGCUAGGGGAGCGGCCUCCCCUCACACUAACUGUAUACGCCCCAUUUCUUCCAGAGGUCCAGCCCCCAGCCCCCAGCCUGCUCCGCCAGUGCCUGCUCUGGUUCUGUGGAAUGAGCCGGAGUGGGUCAGGGGGUCCUCCACCCACUGGUGAGGAGGUGGCUGCAACAACCAGGAGGCUAGAGGACAUCAGUGAGGACCCUGGCUGGGCCCGUGUGGUCAACCUCAAUGCUCUGCUCAUGAUGACUGUGGCUGUGUUCCUCUGGGGCUUUUAUGCCUAAAGUCAAAUGUGUUCCGUACCAUGAGCCUGAGCCUCAGAGAAAAUGAGGGUAGGGACCUUGUGUGGGUCUCAGAAGAGGAAAAGGGGCAAGAAUGUGGUGGGAAGGAACGGGUUCCCUUCCUUUUUGCCUGGGCUCCAGUCUUUGAUUGGUUGUCACUUCCCACGAGGUGGUGGCCAAUUGAUCAUGGCAGUUUGCCUAUGCGAAAAUAAAGUCGCCCUUCUAAUA